AUGGCAUCGCAGUCGUUGGAGAAUGUUGUGGUCAAGUAUCGUGCGGAGAACGACGUGUCUGACGAGGAAUUUGUGAAACAAAUGAAUGAUAUCAUUGGCUCCAUUGUGAAGGGAAAAAAGUGUACCAGGGAGAGGGAGGUGGGUGGUUUUCUACUUUUUUAGUUUAAUUUUUUGAUUUUUAGGCUCAUUUUUUAAAACAUUUUUAGGUUUACUGGUAGAUACUAGGCUAGAAUGUUGAAUUUGUGAUGCCUGAUAUGUUUAAAUUUGGCUAAACUACGGUUUUUUGGCUGAAAAUUUGAAAUUUUUGGUUUUGUAAAGAAAGUUUUUGCCAUUUUAUGUUUUGUAAAGAAAGUUCUUGCCAUUUUAGAUCUUGUAAAGAAAUUUCUUGCCCUUUUAUGUCGUGUAAAACAAUUUAUAGCAAUUUUAUGUUAUCAUCGUAUAACAUUUCAUCCGUAGCCUGCAGUGGCUAGUUUUUUCGAUUUUUUGGCCUCUAAAGAAAGUUGUUGUCAUUUUAUGUUUUGUAAAGAAAGUUCAUGCCAUUUUAUUUCUACAAAAAAAGUUCUUGCCAUUUCCUGUUCUGUAAAGAAAGUUCUUGCAAUUUUAUGUUUUGUAAACAAAUUCUUGCUUCAGCAACAAAAAGCCCGAUCACGUCGCUACAGCCUACUGGACGAAAAGGACAUUUUAGGACCGGAACGAUUGGACCGUGCUCACCGUGAGGCCGAAAUGCAAAUGAAAGAGGUCAAAGGCCUAAUGUACCAUUUGUCGCCGGACUGUCGCAACAACUACAUGUCACUAGUUCAGGAGAUUUACAUUUGCGCCUACCACGUGCGCAAAUGGCUAGCCGAACGAGGUCAUCACAUGAAGUCGAGGGACAUUGUCGAGGCGACAUACGUCAUGGAACGGUCCAGACAUUUGCAUAAUUUGCUGCGUGAUUACCAUUUUAAACUUCUCCAACGUAAACGCUAA